CCGUUCAAUCGGUUGUGUAGUUGCACCACCGACUCUUCGCUUCAAUCGAGCCGACCGAACUCGAGGAGCACAGAGGAGUCCGAUUUCGAUCACGGCAAGGCGACAAUGUCGAUCGCUACCCAUCUUCCCAGAUUCACCUCCAUCGCUCUCGUCUCUCCUCACAAGACCCUCCUCGCCGCGUCUCUCGUCCCUCCCCACUCCGUUCACUUCUCGGUCGACCACGGUCGGGCUUCGGCCUUCAAUGGGUCGCGAGCGCGGAGGGUGGCUUCCAUUCAAGCGGCGUCUUCCGAGCCGUCUUCCUCGUCCCCGUCUUCGUUCGGGUCGCGGCUCGAGGAGACAGUGAGGAAGACCCUGGCUGAGAACGCCGUCGUAGUUUACUCUAAAACUUGGUGCUCGUACUCGGCCGAGGUGAAAUCGCUGUUCAAGAGGCUCGGUGUGGAUCCUCUGGUAAUUGAACUGGAUGAAUUAGGACCCCAGGGGCCACAACUGCAGAAGGCCUUGGAGAGGCUUACAGGGCAGCAUACUGUUCCUAAUGUUUUCAUUGGGGGCAAACAUAUCGGUGGCUGUACAGAUACUGUGAAAUUACAUCGCAACGGAGAACUUGAACCUCUGUUGUCAGAGGCUAAUGCUAAGAGCUAGCCUGCUUGAUUAUUCUUUCUGGAGAGAUUCAACUCCCAGGGACAGGCUGUGGAAGACAUUGUGUCAUUAGUUUUGAUCGAUUUCUGAUUGUCUCUCAUCUACUUUUGUGCCGAAAUGUCUAUU